AUGGCAGAAGAAGCGCAAGAAGUCCCUCAGAUCGCAUUAGAGGCUGUUAUUGGUUUUAAUGGUCAUGUGUUUUCUGGACUCAAAGUGCAUCCAGACAAAGAACAUCUCAUUUAUCCUCUUGGCUGCACUGUUAUUAUUAAGAGUCAGAGAAGUGGGAAACAAACUUUCCUCCAUGGCCACACGAACAACGUCUCUUGCAUUUCUGUGUCCAAAAGUGGACGCUAUAUUGCAUCUGGACAGGUCACGUUCAUGGGCUUUAAGGCUGAUAUUAUUAUCUGGGACUAUGAGAAGAAGGAGAUUUAUGCCCGUCUUGUGCUUCAUAAAGCUAGGGUUGAAGAUCUCAGCUUCUCCCCAAAUGAUAAGUAUCUGGUAUCUUUGGGUGGACAGGAUGAUGCCAGCAUUGUAGUGUGGAACAUCGAGAGUAAGGAGGCUAUAUGUGGCAGUCCUGCUUCAGCACAGAGUGCUGGUCACUGCCUCACCAUCGAGUACACCAACCUGAACGAUGAAAUCUUUGUCUCUGCUGGAAAUGGAACUCUGCGUGUAUGGGAGCUUGAUUUGCCCAACAGAAAGAUCCGACCCACAGAAUGCCAGACUGGACAGCUCAAGAGAAUUGUCAAAUGCCUGGAGAUCCCUAACGAUGAUAAUUUUUUCUACUGUGGAACUACUAGUGGGGAUAUUCUGAAAGUGAACCUGAAGACAAGGUUGCUCAACAGCUGUGGUCCUGUUAAACAAAAAUUCAGCAAGGGAGUGAACACUCUUAAAGUCUUGAAGACUGGUGAUAUUUUAGUUGGAUCAGGAGAUGGGAUGUUGUCUUUGUGCUCAGGAGGGAAUUUCAAAACCAUUAAGAGUGUUCAGUUGGAGGAAGGGGUGACAUCAGUGACCCUGCGUGGAGAUGGACAGCAGUUCUACGUUGGGACAGAAGCUGCACAGAUCUACAGUUUAGGCUACAUUGACUUCAAACCAGAACUCAUUGCAACAAAUCAUAACAGUGCUGUAAAGGACGUGGCCUUUCCAUUUGGGACGUCAGAGCUGUUUGCCACCUGUUCACAGAAUGAUAUACGAGUGUGGCAUACUGAGUCCUCCAAGGAGCUUCUGCGUAUCAUGGUGCCUAACAUAACAUGCAACGCUCUGGGCUUUAUGCAGGAUGGCAGGAGCAUCUUCAGUGCAUGCGCCGUCAGUGGAGGGGGAGAAGGACAGGUUAGAGUCUGGGAGAUAUUCCAGGACUCAUAUCGUCUCAUCGAGACCAUGAAGGAGCACAAAGCCACGGUUAACUGCAUUAAGAUCAAGAGUAACGACAAGGAGUGUGUGACAGCCAGCUCUGAUGGAGCUUGCAUCAUCUGGGACCUGGUGAGGUUCGUGAGGAAUCAAAUGGUCUUGUCCAACACCCUGUUCAGUGUUGUAUGUUACCACCCUGAGGAAUUCCAGAUCAUCACCAGUGGCACUGACAGAAAGAUUGGCUACUGGGAGGUGUAUGAUGGUUCUGCAAUCAGAGAACUCGAGGGCUCCUUGUCUGGAGCUAUAAAUGGCAUGCACAUUUCUGAGGAUGGAAAAUAUUUCGUGACUGGUGGAGAUGACAAAUUACUGAAGCUUUGGCACUAUUCUGAUGGUGAAGUGACCCAUGUUGGCGUCGGGCACAGUGGAAGCAUCACAAAUGUGAGGAUCUGUCCCAACAGCAGAUGCAUUGUCAGCACCAGUGCUGAUGGAGCCAUCCUAAGGUGGAGAUAUCCACAAACCCUAAAGAGUGAAUAAGAAUAUCUAAUGCAGUUCAGAUAUGAUAGUAGUUCAGAUAUACACUUACAUUGCAUUCCUUCUUCUUGCAAAUAAUUGUAUUGCAGAUUAGGUUAUGAAUUCUUGCGAGAUUUAAAGGUACCAUUAAACAGUCCAAUUCCAGUCAUUUCAUUGAAAUAAAGCAGCAUAGAGCCCCAGUUUCGGAGGACUACUGUGAACUGCACUGUCAGCUAAUAUAUCACCUG